AUUGGUUCAAUACUGAUAUAACAUUCAUGUGCAGUGCAGUGUUAGCCCAUUUUAUUUUGAAGGAGAGGUUACAUAUCUUUGGUAUGGUUGGUUGUCUCCUCUGUUUGGUUGGCUCUGUCACUAUUGUCUUACACGCACCGCUAGAGAAGAGUAUUCAAUCUGUUAAGGAUGUCUGGUUCCUAGCAACAGAGCCAGGGUUCCUCGCCUAUGCUUUCACAGUUAUGAUUCUAGUACUUAUCCUUAUUGUGCGGUUUGUGCCUCGUUAUGGGCAGUCGCAUUUGGUUGUCUACAUUGGAAUCUGUUCUCUAGCGGGUUCUCUCACGGUUAUGGGUGUCAAAGCAAUUGGAAUGGCUAUGAAACUCACAUUUGGAGGACAAAAUCAAUUCAAGUAUUUUGAGACAUGGUUUUUCAUAGUAUUUGUCCUCUUCUUUUGCCUUUUGCAGCUGAACUAUUUGAACAAGGUGUUUGUUCCAUUCCCUAAUAAUUUUAUAGAGUCCCGAGUGAAAUUGGUUAUUUUUGUUUUUUGAUAUAUUCAUAUGGUUUGAUAGUUUAGACAUACUUCUCAUCUUUCAUUUCACCCUAAACUAGUAACCAUUUUGACCUACUAUCCCUAAAACA